AUGCAGAGCCCUGUCUUGCAACAGAAGUACCACCAUUUGGAUCAAGACAACGAUACCAGGGUGAUGUCGGGCUUUGUCCUCUUGGGCUUCCCAUCCCUCUCACCCUCGUUCCAGCUGUUCCUAUGCUCUCUACUCUCCAUUUGCUAUGCCUUGACUUUGGUGGGAAACCUCUGCAUCGUGUGGGCUGUUCUCUGGGACUCUCGACUCAGCCGUCUGCCCAUGUAUAUCCUCCUGGGCAACUUUUCUGCUCUAGAGAUGUGCUAUGUAACCACCACAGCACCCAGAAUGCUUUUGGAUCUGGCAUCUCCACUACCACGGGUCAUCUCCUUCCAUGGCUGUUUUCUCCAGUUCUAUUUUUUCUUCUCUAUGGGAACGACCGAAAGCUUCCUUCUUGCUGCAAUGGCCUUAGACCGAUACUUGGCCAUCUGCCAUCCACUGCGAUACCCAAUCCUCAUGUCUCAAAGGUUUUGCUGCAUUCUGGCUGCUUCCUGCUGGGCCUCUGGCUUUCUCUGGUUUCUAGCACCCAUCAUUUUGAUUUCCCAGCUCCGUUUCUGUGGCUCCAACAUCCUCGAUCACUUUCUCUGCGACCCAGGACCACUACUGGCUUCCUCGUGCACUCCAGCCCCGGGCACAGAACUGGCUUUCUACAGCCUCAGCUCCAUUGCUAUUUUUGGUGCCUUCCUUUUCAUCAUUUGCUCCUACACUACCCUCCUCCGGACAGUAAUGAGGCUGCCCUCAGCCACCGGGAGACAGAAGGCUUUUUCCACUUGUACCUCACAUAUGACGGUGGUAAGCCUUUUCUAUGGCUCCAUCAUGGCCACUUAUGUUGUCCCCAAAGCUUCAGGAGGAAGCAACAAAGUGGUGACCCUUUUCUAUUCCGUGCUGACCCCUUUGCUCAACCCACUGAUCUACAGCUUGAGGAACAAGGAGAUGAAAUCUGCCCUAAAAAGGACACUGUUAUGGGAAAAUUAG